GGCAUCGUCCGGAUGUUCCCAUCGCUUGUUUACGUUCUUCUUUUGGUCCUGCGCCUGGCGAGUUUAACUGUCUUAAUUUCGAGAAAUGACAGGUCAUAUAUUGUGCUAACAUCAUCACAUCCCAUUGGCAGUGGAUUUCCGUGUGGAACAUGGGCGCUGCGAAGCGUUUAUUAACACCGCUGCUCAUGCUGUUGCCUCUUUCGUGGACGGGACCGCUGGUGUCGGCUGAGCAGGUCGCACUCGUGGAGGUCUUCGUGGAGCAGCGAGUCGGUGUCACCGUUGAGUUCCACGGGGAUGUGGUGGAGUCGAGCAGCGAGAACCCCGAGGAAGACCUGGAAGGGGAGUUGGUGCUGAUCCAGGACGACGGUCAUAAGAAGACGGGCGAAGGGACAGAGGAUGAAGCUAAAGACCCAGAGCCGUGGAUCGGUGUGGUACCCGUGGACAUGGAUGAGAACAAACCCUCUACAAGUAACCAGGAGUCCUUUGCUGAUGGGAUGGUCAGCAAAAUGAAGCGAGCGUUGGUCCUUGGUGCUUCUGCACUCAUCAUCCUGGCUCUCAACCAAAACUCUGUCAGUGAGAUGGAUCUGUCACAGGUUCUGUCAAAACCCAUCAUCGUGAUCCAGACGUCUGAAAACGUCACCAAGCUGAUCGGAGCUCUGCUCAGGGGUCUUCAGGCGACAGCAAAGAUCACGUACAAGAGCAUCCUGCAGGACAACUUGGGCGCCACGCUCACCCUGUGGUCCAGCUGCGGUCGAUCGCGAAGUGGUCGCUAUGGGGAGUGGCAGGGGGUCAUCUGUACCGGAGAGACCAACUCUCAAGUUCAGAAGUAUCUGCAGCAGCUUUGGGACACUGUGCUCCUUGUGGCACUGAUCCUCAGCACCGGCGUCAUCGUUCAGGCUCGCUGGCAGAACCAUGACCGACAGCUCAAUGAUGACUUGGAGCUGCUUCCAAAACAGGAUGUCUUAAAGAGAAUGUCCUCCUUAAAAACCAAAACAUACCACAGACCGGUACCCUGGUGCGACCCUACCCAGUCGGGGGAGACAGACAACUGUGCCGUCUGUCUGGAGCCGUUUAAUAAUAACCAGUGUCUACGAGUGCUGCCGUGUCUUCAUGAGUAUCAUCAGGACUGUGUGGACCCCUGGCUCCUGCUGCAACACACCUGCCCGCUCUGCAAGCGCAGUAUUCUCAGCAGCGUCUGUAAAGAGUGUUGACACCCCAUCACCAGGAAGCUAGCUCGUGUCAGUAGUAGAUGACCUCAUUACCUCCCCAGCAGUGGAUUUUAACUCAUUACAGCAGAUCAUGAACAUUCAGGUGGUCACAGGGUUCCAAAAUCUCUGCUGUGUUUGAGACCAGAACUGUUUCCCUGACAGGCCUAGUAUUCACUCAUCCAUUGUUUGUGCAUGGGCUUAGACCGUCGUGGUUUAAAGCAUGAACAUCCUGAUCAGGAUGAAUGUUUCUGGACCUCAGAAUAUUGUGAAUAUCCAACAGUCAUGUGGGUGAACCGUGCGAGGAUUUGUAGUGUGAGCACAAUGUGGAGAAAGUCUUACAGUCAUGCCUUAAAUACAACCAAACUGACUUUUAUAUCCCCCUCUGUGUGUGAGAAUACGGUCAUUGAUGGUUUCAGGUCAACGUCACAUGGGAGUUCAAGUUCCUGAACGAACGCCUCUUAAAAUGAGGACAAGUAAACAAGGAGAAACCUACUGACUCCAAUGAACCAAAGUCAAAUGUGUUUGGGAUAAUUGUCCAGACAGAAUCCCAGAUAUGAACCCGUUCAAUCAGUGCCCAAAAUUACAACGGCUGGCCGCGAUUUAUACACUGAAGAAAACAUGGUGCUGAUGUAUUUAUUGAGUCUUUUAUGUCAUGUCAGCUACAAAACGCAAGAACAAGUGCACUGCUUGUUACAAAAUGCUCUGAUAAUGUAGAAAACAGAUGUUGAGUUUCACUGGCGACAUUACACAUGUCCCGUCUUCUUCUCCAUUCAACAGCAAACUGGCUUUAUUUUCCUGCUCAUUUUCCUAUGUUAUUAAUGUUGUUAUAGAAAAGUCUGCAAUUAAUGAACUGAUUUGUCGACGUGGCAAAAAAAUAAACUUUUUGCUAUCAUCCAUUCCUUUGGUUUCCAUUUAAAACAACCAAAGAAUAAAACCCCAAAAGGUAAAAUCUGUGUCCUAGACAAGCAUGUGAUCACUAACAAUGGCCUUGUGUCAUGUCCAGCAUGUGAUUUUGUCACCACCUUCACCCUGAGCUCUUCUCACCAGUCUGUUUAGCAGCAUCUGGCGGCUCACGACGGUAUCAUGCCUUUGCUCCUCUUGCGGUCGGCCAUCGUGCGCCGGUUGUGGUUCGACCCACGACUCUUGUUGGCCUCCUUCUUUCGUCUGUCCAGGAAUGUUUCCAAGGUUUGGCCUUGUCCUUUAGGUCGGCCCACCACGUUACUCGGGCGCUCUGGCCGGUAGCUGGAGGACAGGCUUGGGGAUGAGUUAGCGGUUCAAGUCACAAGGAUCAGUUUGGUGCCUAAAAUUAACUCGUAGCAAAAUAACCCAGCGUUCUAUUGUCCAUAUAAGAGCAAUAAUGCCAUUAUUUUGAUAAAUAGACUCAAGUUCUCUGCUGCUUAUUGCACCCACAACAUUCAAAUACAUUUUGUAACUGCAUGAGUUUGACUGUGUUUUGACAUGGCUCUGGCGAGAAAAAGAAAGUACAACUCAAACUCAUACUAACUUAAAAAAAUGAGUAAUACUUCAUGUGAUAUACUGACGUUAAGGACAGGAAGUAGAGCAGUUACCCUUUCCUUUGCUGCAUGGCAGCUCUUCUGGCUUCUGCACGCUCCCUCAGCAGAGCUGGAUCCUGCACAAACUGGUCUCUGUUGGGGUUAUUCUGGGAAGAAAAUAACAAAUUCUUGUUUAAACAAUAGCAUAGUUGAUUCAGCAUUUUUUUCCUCUGAUCCCUUUGCAUAGCUUUUCAAAUUAUUUCUCUUCAGGAAAUUUUCAAUUAAAACGUUUCAUGAAACCACUUUUUUGUUGUUUUUUUGUUAAAUUUAAGGAAGAAAAUCUAAAAAAAACUAUGUAUUCUGAACCUACCUCUAAGCCCUGGU